AUGGUGGCUCACUCUAGAAUUCUCCUCUCUAAGUGUUCCCAGUUCCGUAGAGAAGGAGAAUUUAUCGACAUACGUUUGAAAGUGGGUGAUACACUUUUCCCAGCUCACCGAGUUGUACUCGCUUCGUAUAGCGAUUAUUUCCACUCCAUAUUUACUGAUGGGAAAGAAACAAACCAGGAAGUGAUCGAAAUGAAAGAUAAAAGCAUUUCACCAGAGAUAUUCAAGAUUGUUAUGGACUCCAUCUACACUGGUGAUCUUCAUGUCAACCAGAAGAGCGUAUUUGAGGUUCUUCUUGCUGCUAGUCAGCUUCAAAUCGCAAGUGUUGUUCAACUGUGUUGUGAUUUCGUGAAGAAAGAAUUCAUAGAAAACAGAAUUGACCUGAAGAACUACUCCGUGCUGUGUACAGUCGCCGUAAGACUCGGUCUGAGAGAUCUGCAAGAGGCAGCAGAGGCCAAGAUGGCAUCCAUGUACAAAGAUGUUUGCGAAACUAAAGAAUUCCUGACUCACAUCAGUGCAGAUCAACUACUCAGCCUUCUUGGUCGAGAUGACCUCAAUUCACCCUCUGAAGCUUUCGUCUUCAAAUCAGUGGUGAAGUGGAUCAAAUACAAAGGAGAAGAGAGGAUGCCAGUCGCUGGAAAACUUAUUGGAGCUGUGCGUCUGGGGCUGGUAGAUGUGAAGAUUGUGAUUGAAGAGUUAAAAACAGAAGAAAUGCAGCGAUUUCCAGAGGUAAACAUGCAUCUGCAAGAAUCCAUGAUGCAUCACAUCAUGCCUUCUCAUGAAUUCGCCGCUGAGAAAGUUAAACCUCGAUCAAUGAGUCCGGUGAGUGAAAAACUAAGCUCUUUAACUGCUUCCUUUAUCUACAACAUUAACGCAGCUUUAUUUGAGACCUCACUUGUCUCAUCACAAUACACUGAGUUUCAGGACAACUAGCUUCCAGUUUUGAAAUUUCUGGAGCGUCAUUUGCAUGUUAAUUCGUUGUCCUAAUUCUAUCAGCGACAGAGUUCGAUGAUUUUCAUUGAGAAUCGGUCAAUUAGUCAGUCCGCCAUUUGAUCAAGAAAGCAAGUUUUUAUCUAUGCACGGGGUAUCUAUAAUGAUUUACAAUAACCCAGAGACUGCAUGUCGUGCUGUCCGUACCGUGAUCGAUUAAGAUCACUUCAAUAAAAAUAUACGUGCGCAACAAAUUAACCAUCUACUCUAGUAUACUUUUGGAGUCUUAAAUCGAAUACUUCCUUCGCGAAAAAAUUCGAGAAUGUCAGCUGAAGAGAAGAAUUUUCAAAUGAUUGUCUCUUGUUUAAGGUGCUCGUUGCCAUUCAUCCUGUGCGAUGUACUUCAAUAUUUCCCCAGGCAUCACAACGUGCAGCGAGCAUCAAGGACGGUUCGUAUAAUCGCAGGUCAGUGCAGAGUAUAGCUUACUACUUUGAUGUCGAAGCGAAGCUAUGGGCACCUUUGCCAUUUGUAGCACAAUCAGAUGAAGAAACUAGCUGGUACUUUUGUGCUGAACGCAGUGGAAACUAUUUAUUUGUAGCUAGACAGAAGCAUAACAAUGUUAAUUCCAUAGAGCGAUAUGAUGUGGUAAAUAACUCAUGGGUCGAAUUACCAGAGUACGUAAACAAUCACAAAGUUGACUGCUUGUGUUCCGUUGGUGACUAUCUUUACGCCAUUAGUGAGUCAAAUCCUCCUCAAAGGUACAGUUUGACAAAUAACAGUUGGCAAGGUGGAGUAAGAUUAGAAGUAGAAGAAAGGUGUGAGAAGUUCAGUACUGUAUCAGCAACAGUGAUGAACUCUAAAAUAUAUGUAAUUCACGGUUAUCAAAGAAAUGAAAGUGGAUUUACUAACGCCCUUUGGGUCGAUGAACCAGCUGUGGUUCAUUGUUUUGACCCCAAAUAUAAUUUGUGGAAAAAACUCGCGUCAACCUGCCAUCUUCAUUUUAAAUCCAGUCUUUUGGUUGUCAAUAACAGACUAUGUGUGGCGGGGGGUUGGGAAAAUGGUUGGAGCAUUCGUAAACCUGCACCUGUGGAAGUGUACGAUGAAGCUACUAACACCUGGUCUGUAAUGCCUCAGAAACAUAUUCCCCCAAACAACUUGGGUGCAGUUGAAAUAGAGGGGAGGGUGUAUUUCAUCAUCAACAAAUUUCCAGUUGACAGUGGGAUAAGAAUUCCACCUGAGGAAAUGUAUCAAGUUGACUUAAGUGGUUGGGCAGAUCUAGCUAAAGUCGAAAGAGGAACGGUUUUAUGUUAUUUGCCUGUCAACAUGGCAAACUUGAGCAGAGGAAAAAUUUCAGAUCAAGGAUGA